UCUCCCGGGAAGAAGGGGACUAACCUUUAAAGAAAAAAAAGCGCUGCCUCUGAGCAGAGAAAGGAGUAGCUGGGAAGGAUGUUGCUACGGAGUUAAAACGACGAGAAAAUUGCCCUUCCCCCGUUCCUCCCCCCCCCCUUUUUUUUUCCGCCACCAGUUUCUUUUGGCUUCGGCUCCGGUGCCAAAAGAGACAAUUCUCUUUUGUUUGUGAAGUCCCCCUCCUUUUUUCUCUCUCGCCCAGCUGGAGAAAGGAGGAAAAGGCUGGGGAGUCACCAUGGCGUCUCUCUUCACCAAUGGACCCUGCAUCCAAAGUGAAGCCGAAGUGGGUCACCUCUGCCGGAGCCUGGAAGUGGGUACGGUCAUGACACUCUUUUACUCCAAGAAGUCCCAGAGACCCGAGAGAAAAACGUUCCAGGUCAAGCUGGAAACCAGGCAGAUCAUUUGGAGCAGGGGGUCGGACAAAAUCGAAGGCGCAAUUGAUAUUCGUGAAAUCCAAGAAAUUCGUCAGGGAAAGAACUCCAGAGAUUUUGACCGAUACCAAGAAGAUUCUUGUUUCCGCCCAGAACAGUCUCACUGCUUUGUCAUCCUCUAUGGCAUGGAAUUCAGACUGAAAACACUCAGUUUGCAAGCCACUUCCGAAGAUGAAGUCAACAUGUGGAUCAAAGGGUUGAACUGGCUUGUGGCAGAUACCCUAAAAGCUGCUACUCCAUUGCAAAUUGAAAGGUGGCUUCGGAAACAGUUCUACUUUGUCGACCGCAACAGAGAGGAUAGGAUUUCUGCAAAAGACUUAAAAAAUAUGCUAUCUCAGGUCAACUACCGUGUUCCAAACAUGAGAUUUCUAAGAGAGAGAUUAUCAGAUGUGGAACAGAGAAAUGGGGAUAUCACGUAUGGACAAUUUGUUCAAUUGUACCAGAGCUUGAUGUACAAUGCACAGAAAGGAAUGGCUGUUCCAUUCUUAGAAAGCAAUGGGGAGAGAUCUGAAUACAAUAGAAUUUCUGUGUCAGAGUUCCAGACGUUUUUGUUAGACUACCAAAUGGAGCUUUGGGCUGCAGAUAUUUCCUUGGUGCAAGAGUUUAUGUUUACUUUCUUGUCAGAUCCAUUGAGAGUAAUUGAAGAACCUUAUUUUUCUUCAGAUGAGUUUCUCACCUUCCUGUUUUCCAAAGAGAACAGCAUCUGGAACUCGGAGUUUGAUGCCAUACGCCCAGAAGACAUGAACAACCCCUUGUCCCAUUAUUGGAUCUCAUCUUCUCAUAACACAUACUUGACAGGAGAUCAGUUCUCAAGUGAGUCUUCCUUGGAAGCCUAUGCUCGUUGCCUGCGCAUGGGAUGCCGCUGUAUUGAACUUGAUUGCUGGGAUGGUCCUGAUGGGAUGCCUGUGAUUUAUCAUGGACACACAUUAACUACAAAAAUUAAGUUUUCUGAUGUCCUUACCACCAUCAAGGAGCAUGCUUUUGUAACUUCUGAAUGGUACCAUGCUAAUCUCACCCGGAAUUCAGCUGAGCGCAUGCUAAUGAGGGUGCCCCGGGAUGGAGCCUUUUUGGUGCGCAAGAGGAGUGAGUCAAAUUCCUAUGCAAUCUCUUUUCGGGCCGAAGGAAAGAUCAAGCAUUGCCGCGUGCAGCAGGAGGGUCAGACAAUCAUCUUGGGCAAUUCAGAAUUUGACAGCCUGGUGGAUUUAAUCAGCUAUUAUGAAAAACAUCCAUUGUACCGCAAAAUGAAGUUAAGAUAUCCUAUUAAUGAAGAAACACUGGAGAAGAUUGGAACAGCGGAACCAGAUUAUGGUGCACUAUAUGAAGGACGGAAUCCGGGAUUUUAUGUGGAGGCCAACCCUAUGCCAACCUUUAAGUGCGCCGUCAAAGCUUUGUUUGACUACAAAGCACAGCGAGAAGACGAGCUCACCUUCACAAAAAAUGCAAUCAUCCAAAACGUAGAAAAACAAGAAGGAGGCUGGUGGAGAGGAGAUUAUGGGGGUAAGAAGCAACUAUGGUUUCCGUCUAAUUAUGUAGAAGAAAUAACUAGUCCAACUGGCCUGGAGCCUGAGAGAGAGCAACAGCUAGAUGAAAACAGCCCUUUGGGAGAUCUACUCAGAGGAGUACUGGAUGUACCAUCAUGUCAGAUUGCUAUCCGCCCUGAGGGGAAGAACAACCGUAUGUUUGUGUUCUCCAUUAGUAUGGCAUCUGUCUCACGUUGGUCGUUGGAUGUUGCAGCUGAUACUCAUGAAGAUCUGUUGGAUUGGGUGAAGAAGAUCCGUGAGGCAGCCCAAACUGCUGAUGCCAGGCUCUCUGAAGGGAAGAUGAUGGAACGGAGGAAAAAGAUAGCUUUGGAGCUUUCAGAGCUUGUAAUCUACUGUCGUCCUGUUCCCUUUGAUGAAGAUAAAAUCGGCACAGAGCGAGCCUGCUAUAGAGAUAUGUCAUCUUUUCCUGAAACCAAAGCAGAAAAGUAUGUCAACAAGAUCAAAGGGAAGAAAUUUCUGCAGUAUAACCGAUUACAGCUUUCCCGCAUAUAUCCCAAAGGACAGCGCCUGGACUCUUCCAAUUAUGAUCCCCUUCCUAUGUGGAUCUGUGGCAGCCAGUUGGUGGCGCUCAACUUUCAAACACCAGACAAGCCAAUGCAAAUGAAUCAGGCUCUAUUUGUGUCUGGAGGCCAAAGUGGCUUUGCGUUGCAACCAGCCAACAUGCGGGAUGAUGUCUUUGAUCCCUUUGACAAGAACACCCUUCGUGGAAUGGUGCCACUUUCCAUCUCCAUUGAGUGGACAACGGACUGAAUCCUGCUUGGACCCCAAAGACUUUUCAGUUCCAUGUCAGUAAUCCUGACUUUGCUUUUCUGCGUUUCGUGGUAUAUGAAGAGGAUAUGUUCAGUGACCAGAACUUCUUAGCUCAGGCCACUUUCUUGGUUAAAGGCCUAAAGACAGGAUACCGGGCUGUACCUUUGAAGAACAACUAUAGUGAGGAUCUGGAAUUGGCCUCCUUGCUUGUUAAGAUAGAUAAAAUUCCUCUCAUGGAAAAUGGUGAAACUAACCCCUUUGCAGCAUCGCCUUUCCGAGAGAGGUCUGCUGAUUCCCCAAAUCAGCUCUUGGCAGGCAGAGCCAGAGAAGGUUCCUUGGAAGCACGAUAUCAGCAACCAUUUGAAGAUUUCAGGACGUCACAGGAGCAGCUAUCAGACCAUUUUGACAAUCGCGAUAGAAGGUUCCUGCGAAGGACACGGGUGAAUGGGGAUAACCGCCUCUAGCUCCAGUUUGCCUGCUGGAAAGCACUCCUCCGGUGCUUGUGAUUCUCACGGAUUGCUGUGAACUGGUUUCUAUGGAAACGUCACAUGCUUUGGCCUACUUUCAGGCAGCUUUUCCAGUUUCUGUUCUGAAGGAUGUUCAAGUGGAAAACUUUUUUUUUUUAGAAAAGAAACAUCAAAUCACACAUCAAUCACUUUAUUGUUGAGGAGAAAAAGACCUUCAGAACCAAAACAGAGAGAAAAAGUACUGAAUGUGUGUAUCUUGUCAGUAGCUAAGGCUCAACACAAAAUCCAGUCAGCAGUUUCCUUUUUCUGUGUCACUGAAGUUCCAGAGAGGAUAAUACCUCAGAGCUGCCAACAAAGCAUCUUUCCUUUACUCAGCUGAGAGAAGCUGAUUUUUUAAAAAAAUAUUAUUAUUAAUUUUAUUACACUUCUUAAUCACUGAUGGUGCACAGAAAAAGAUAUUUCCAUUUCAAGAGAAAGUACAAUUGUUCUCGUGGUAUUAGAGCACAAGCCCAAUAGGGCAUACUGGGCCCAGUCUUUGGGGCCAUGUCAAGCUAUGCAAGGUUUUAAAUCUGUCAGUAUUGAGCAGAGCUGCCAAGUUUCUUACUUUGGCAGAUCUUGGGUUUCAUUAGCUGGGGUUUAAGUGCAGAAGACCAUCAGCAAAGCUGUCCAAUAGCCUCCUUUUUAUGUGGCCUCUUAAUGACUAGUGUCAAGCAGAAACGGGCCACCCAGUAGAGAAUGGAUGACUUGAGAUUUCGAGAGGCAACUUUGAAGAGGUAGGAACAGACGGAAUACAUGAGCCAAAGCCAGCUCUGCAAGACGUAGAGCUCUUGCCACUACUUAUUUGUUGCCUCUGCUUCCAUAAUGCAGAGUUUCGGCCACUUGUGCUGGAGCAGAAUAGUCAUCUUGGGUCAUGUGCCCUGCUGCAAUAGUUCUCAUGACCAGUAUUGCUGAAGAGAGGCCCUACAAUCUUUGUAGGGUUAACAAGCUAAGGAAGCAUUUUUAGCUUCUCUUUGAGUUUUCACCAUUGCACCUCUUGUUUUGGAGGAGAUGAUUUUUUUUUUUUGUACAGGACCAGGCCAUCUCCGCUUUUUAAGAAAGCUUUUCUCCAUGUUCUUUAGGUCAGGCCAUCCGAAGGCAGUUGUCAUUGUCAUGAUGUGCCAGUUGCCCAGCGUGUCAUAACAUGUCUAUUGCUACAGAAACAGUGAAAAUUACAUGCUGCUGUCUUUUGUCUACUAGCAAGGUGACAAAAACCCAAGAAUAGUGCUCAGUGUUUCUAUUUUACUUUGCUGGAUAAAGGAGAGCAGAUAUAUCCCAAUCUCCAAAGGCAAGCUUCACCAUACAUGGUCGUGUGAACAAUGCAUUAUUUGACUUUCUGAAGGAGGAGCUUAGAUCCUCUAACUCCACCCGAUGUAUGGAUAGAGAUCUACCAUUUGUUGGGAUGAAUCAGGCUGCACAAUAAAAGUUCUCAAUUGAUA